UGCAUAUGAUCGGAAUGGAGCGCAGCCUUUCCCACCGUCACGUUGCGGAAGCAGAGCUGAAUGGGGGAUCGAGACGAGGAGCUGGUGCAGCAGUGGGAAAGGGAGCAGGAGUGUUUGAAGCAGCGUUUGGUGGAGGAGGACACGGAGGCCUGGCAGAAAAAUCCAAACUUCAGUGGGCUGCAGAGGGUAGGAGGGGUGGACCUGUCCUUCAUUAAAGGAGAUGAAGUCAAUGCCUGUGCUCAGCUCGUCGUGCUUAGUUACCCUGAUAUGGAGUUGCUGUAUGAGUGCAGUGAGAUGGUGACCCUUAGUGCCCCCUAUAUUGCUGGGUUUCUGGCCUUUAGAGAAGCUCCGCCCCUUUUACAGCUUCUACAGAGACUGGAGAGAGAACAGCCCAGCCUGAUUCCCCAGGUGCUGUUUGUAGAUGGAAACGGUCUUUUUCAUUACAGAGAAUUUGGUUUGGCCUGUCAUCUUGGAGUACUCUCAGAUCUACCCUGUGUGGGCGUGGCUAAAAACCUGCUGCAGGUGCAGGGCGUGGCCAAGACUGAUGAACACCUGUCACAGAUCAGUGCUCUGAAGAAAGCAGGAGAUACAUUCCCUCUGACCGCUGCCUCUGGGAGAACACUUGGACAGGCUCUCCGGAGUUCAGACGGCAGCACUAAACCCAUCUAUGUGUCUGUGGGUCAUCGCAUCAGUCUGGACACGGCGGUCCGCCUCACGCAUUCCUGUUGCCGCCACCGCGUACCUGAACCCAUACGCCAGGCUGACAUGCGCUCCAGAGAGUACCUGCGGACACACUUCCCUCCCGCCAGCUCUGAAUAGAAACACACAGAGCUGUAGAAGAUCUGCUGGAGUUGAUACCGGAGUAAGAUGAUGUCCAGAAGAACCCUGACCAUGCUGGUGUGUGUUGUGAGAGGCAGAGAGAGAGUUUUGGAUGUGUUUGUGCAUUGCUCUGUAUCUGUAAACACAACAGAGUUAUUACCGGAGGUGUGUAUGUGGGUGUGUUUGAGCGUGAAAACAUUUUUAUGAUACCAAUAAUUCAUGUGCAUGUUUAUAAACCCACUUUUUUACAAUUAAACAAUGCAGUUGA